GCAAAGCAGAACAUUUAGAUUCAAAGAAUACAAAGCCCAAGAGAACUGUCAUAUAGGGGUCUAGUCCCAUUGAAAGAAACAGAUUCUAGGAACUCAGGAGAGUGUAGCCAUGUCUCAAAGGGCUUCAGCUCUCCCUCCGAGCGGGAGGAGGCUAUAGGCUGCGGACUGAGUGCUGGAAUGAGGAGUAAUUGAGCUUCAGCUGAGCCGGACGUAGCUUUCUCCUCCUGGCGUGAUUGCUGCAGCCUCCAGUGCCCGGUCCCUAGUUCCUCAUCUGCCUCUCUUCCCGGUGCAACAUCGCCUGUAAAGACAGCAAAGCCGCCGCAGAAGUUGCCCGGCAGAAGACUCCGGAGGCAUUGGCUCAGUAACUUUUCACGUCAUUUUCUGCUAGGGAGCCCCUUGUCGCCUCUCCGCGCAGCCUUUCCCACCGCAAACCACCAGUGCUCAUGGGGCAGGCAGAGAGGAGCUUGCAGCAUUGAGCGGAACCGGACUUGAGCCCGUGAUGUCCGGCACCAAAUUGGAGGACUCCCCCCCUUGUCGCAACUGGUCAUCUGCUUCGGAGCUGAAUGAAACUCAAGAGCCCUUUUUAAACCCCACCGACUAUGACGACGAGGAAUUCCUGCGGUACCUGUGGAGGGAAUACCUGCACCCGAAAGAAUAUGAGUGGGUCCUGAUCGCCGGGUACAUCAUCGUGUUCGUCGUGGCUCUCAUUGGGAACGUCCUGGUUUGUGUGGCAGUGUGGAAGAACCACCACAUGAGGACAGUAACCAACUACUUCAUAGUCAAUCUUUCUCUGGCUGAUGUGCUCGUGACCAUCACCUGCCUUCCAGCCACGCUGGUCGUGGAUAUCACUGAGACCUGGUUUUUUGGACAGUCCCUUUGCAAAGUGAUUCCUUAUCUACAGACCGUGUCGGUGUCUGUGUCUGUCCUCACACUGAGCUGUAUCGCCUUGGAUCGGUGGUAUGCGAUCUGUCACCCUUUGAUGUUUAAGAGCACAGCAAAGCGGGCCCGUAACAGCAUCGUCAUCAUCUGGAUUGUCUCCUGCAUUAUAAUGAUUCCUCAGGCCAUCGUCAUGGAGUGCAGCACCAUGCUCCCGGGCUUAGCCAAUAAAACCACCCUCUUUACGGUGUGUGAUGAGCGCUGGGGUGGUGAAAUUUAUCCCAAGAUGUACCACAUCUGUUUCUUUCUGGUGACAUACAUGGCACCACUGUGUCUUAUGGUGUUGGCUUAUCUGCAAAUAUUUCGCAAACUCUGGUGUCGACAGAUCCCUGGAACAUCAUCUGUAGUUCAGAGAAAAUGGAAGCCCCUGCAGCCUGUUUCACAGCCUCGAGGGCCAGGACAGCCCACAAAGUCCCGGAUAAGCGCUGUAGCAGCUGAAAUAAAGCAGAUCCGAGCCAGAAGGAAAACAGCCCGGAUGUUGAUGGUUGUGCUUUUGGUAUUUGCAAUUUGCUAUCUACCAAUUAGCAUCCUCAAUGUGCUAAAGAGGGUAUUUGGGAUGUUUACCCAUACUGAAGACAGAGAGACUGUGUAUGCCUGGUUUACCUUUUCACACUGGCUUGUAUAUGCCAAUAGUGCUGCGAAUCCAAUUAUUUAUAAUUUUCUCAGUGGAAAAUUUCGAGAGGAAUUUAAAGCUGCGUUUUCUUGCUGUUGCCUUGGAGUUCACCAUCGCCAGGAGGAUCGGCUCACCAGGGGACGAACUAGCACAGAGAGCCGGAAGUCCUUGACCACUCAAAUCAGCAACUUUGAUAACAUAUCAAAACUUUCUGAGCAAGUUGUGCUCACUAGCAUAAGCACACUCCCAGCAGCCAAUGGAGCAGGACCACUUCAAAACUGGUGUCUACAACAGGGGCCACCAUCAUCGCUACCAUCAACGUGGUUGGAUGUCUGAAAGAAGACGCUGAGUAUCAAUGUUGACUCUCACUCAUGUCAUCUUAUUAAAAAAAAUACAGUUUACAAAACAAUUGCUACUGAUAAGUGCAGUGUGAAAGACUGGUUUUAAGGCACUUGUGUGCUUUAUGUCCACCCAGAUGACUUGAGUUUUUAACUAAAACUUUCAAAUCCCUAUCUUAUUUAUACUUACUAAAGUUUGUUUUGCAGAGGCAGAUAGUUUCUAAGAAUGUUCAUUUCAUGGAAGGAGAUAUAAAAUAAAAUAAAACCAGUACUUAAACUCUGGGAAUGUAAUAGACCAUGUACAUAGCACUCAACAUGUGAAUCCAGGAAUCCUUCUAAGAGGUCUGGAUUUAGUAUGGUUACCUUAAUAGGACAAAUGGUAAAGAAAUAGGUAUUCCCAAACCCUGCCAAUCUUAUGAAACAAAGAGUCAACCAUUUACCUCAUUAUUUGCUAAUGACACAAAUGCAAAGACAUCUUUUGAAAGGAAUGUGUUGGGACUGUUUUAUGCUGUACCUU